UUGCCUCUUGUUCUUAACCUCAAUUGUCUGCCAUGUCCCCAGCGUUGACCGUCUCGCCUUUUGUCUGUCGUCUAUAAUACCCCCUCUUCUCCCUUCGAGCUCCCCAGCUACCCCGCACUGUGUGCGUAUUGCGCGACCUUCAACCUCAUUUCACCAGCCUCGAUUGUCUUGUCAUGUCCACCAGCACAUCCUACACACGCCCCCUCCCGCCCACGCCCAAUGCCCCCAACGCCCACGAGCGCACCCGCCUCGUCCGCUCUCCCCAAAAACUAGGCUCCGUGUCCACCCCGCAGCCCGCACAGUCCGGCGGCCUCCUCCCCAUCGGCUGCGCCGCCGCCUACACGCCCUUCUCGCUCCGAAGCAGCUCGCCAGCCUCGCGGCCCAGCACGCCCGGCUCAGUCUACUCGUCGUCCUCGACCAACUCCUCCAUGGCGUCCCUCGCCCUGCCCACGCCCCGCACGAGCGCCGAGUCCCUCGCAGAGCCCAAGGGCUACUCAGCGACAGCGCGCGGGCGCAGGUCGAAGGAGCUCCCGCGCCCGCUCGUCCUCCGCCUCAACGCAGUGCCCAUGCCCCCGAACGACCGGCGCGCCGCGCUCCCUCCCACGCCGACAACCGCGCGCUCGUCCUCCGCGCCUCCGGCGACGCCUACGACGCCCAUGCCGCCGAGCUCCUCGGAGCUGCGCAGGAAGCGGAUGGCGAAGCUCGCGCGUACCCUGGGGGAGAACGUCCCCGUCGACCUCGUCUUCCCCGAGACCCCCGCGCCACCACCCGCACCCGAGCCCGUCACCGCCGUCGACCGCGCCCUGCCGCCCCUGCCGCUGCCAGCGACGACCGCCUUUGAGCGUGCACGGAGACGGCGGAGCAUGUCUGUGGACCUGUCGCAGGCGGCUGCAGCGGUGCUCGCGCCGCGCAGCUCGCGGAUCUGGGUGACCGGCGGGAGCCUCUGGACGGGCGAGUGGAACCGGAAGGACAUCCGCGAGGUGCAGCAGCAGCUCCGGCGGCUGCGGUGAUCCACUGACUGCACGCCGCGACAGAGGACGCGGCAAGUGUCAUUAUUACGGAGCUCCCGGGGUGCUGGACAUCUGCGGUGGGUUGGCUGUUGUACGUCUGUCUAUCUGCGCGUUUUGGAUUGGAAGGUGUAUUGUAUAACCAUGACCAUGUGUUCCCUC